UCAAUUUUCAUUAACGUUUAAGUAUAGAUUCACACACUUGUUAUCGAAUUUUGUUUUAUACUCAUUCUAAUCGGAAAUUGAAAUCUCAAAGAAAGGUUAAUUGAAGAGACGAACAACAACAUUAUUUGUUACAGUCGUACGGAAUACCAAACUGUUUCAAUCAAAAUUGUCCGAUAUUUCCGAACAGAAUGAAUUCGUUCAGUGUUGUCCUGUCGAUAAUUUUAUUAAUAAAUUGUUGUGUUAUCGAAGGUGUACGAGUUCCAAAUGAAUUGACUCAUAUUGAUUUAAUGAGAGAAAAUUACUUAAAUGUUGAAGCAAAUCUGUGGAAUGUUAUUAAAAGUGGUGCCGAAAAUAGUUAUGUGUUGAAACAAAUUAACGACGCCCAUAUAAAGUUCUUUGCCGAACCACUUUAUGAGAAAGAGAUCCAUUUGACCAUAUACGAUCCGGAACAAAAAAUUUUGAAAUUAGAAAUUGAAGAGGUUAAUCAUCGUAUAGCCACAGCGAGGAGAAGCCAUUUACGAACGAACGUAAAUGAUAUGAACAGGAAUCAGGCCGUGUCAUUUGCAGCAAAUGGUAUAACAAGAAAGUCAUCCUUAGACGCUAUUUUUAAUGUUACCGACGAAAAGGAUUUCUUUCGUUACGUUAGAAAUAAAGGAGAUCUGGAAUCAUGCAUGGACUCGACAACGUCUCGAAUUGACUCAACAAAUCAAUUGAUCUACGAAUAUUACUAUGAUAUCUCGGCGGUGUUGCUAAAGACGUACGCCUUGUUACAACUGUCUUACAUGUUUCUAACGGUAUAUGGUCACUAUGAUCACACAAUGCACGCCCAGGAGGUGCAAUUUCGGUUUAAAAUUAGAUCUUCGAAAAUGCGAAGUCACGUACGGGAACUUUUGGCUGAUUCCAGAACUGAUGUGUGGAUGUGCGAUCCGGAUGUGUAUUACAAAUUGGGCAACACAGACAACCAAAUCACCCGAUUCGUUCAGGGCUACAUGGACAAUGAAGCAAAUUUGAAUGAGAAAAAUAGCUGUAGGAAAACUUGUUCGCAUUAUCAAGUAGCUGAAAAUUACAACUGUUUCAAUGGGACGUAUUGCAGUCAUGUCGGUGGUGAAGAGCAAAAGAAACAUAGAUGUUUGGGUACCGUAUUAAAUUGUACGUUCAUAGACUCCCAUGUCAACGUAUGUCCGGCGGAAAAUGGAUCGAUGCGCCGGUAUACAAAUUUGAAAUUCGAUGAUGGACGAACUCUUGGUCCAAAUGUGUGCCCGAACAUAGCAAGGCGUAGCACAUCUUGGAACCGAUGGUUUGUCCACUGCUCCAAUUGCUUUUGCUACUGUGACGAACAAGGCCCAAAGUCGGACAGAUACUUUAGUCUUCAUCCUGUGUUGUCAGAUACACAGCGAAACAAAAUUAUUACAGGCGUAGCAAUACAAAAAGUUAACCGAGUCUUCCACUGGCGAAUAACACAGAAAGUGUUAAUGGGAAAUGGUAUUGUGUAUGAGACUCGUAACGCAUUUACAACAUUUAGAGAAGGAUCAUUUUUCAACAUUGGCGAUAACACUGCCAGACCUGAUGUUGACUAUCACACAUUGACAUGGCAAAAUCGAUCCGUAAAUUUGGUAUCUGCAAUCGCUCCGCAAGGAACGGUUCUGACGGGAGUUCGUUUCUAUGUGCAAAAUGGACGACUAAGCUUGGCAAUUCGUGCAACAAAGUUUGAUUUUGCUACAGGCGAACUGAAAGAUGUACACCUCAGUGAAUGGAUUACGAAUACCAGUGAAAAUCGUACACCAAUUACUUUGGAUAGUCCUGACGUUCCGAACAAGUCCACCACCAAGUCCAUACCGACUUUCGAGAAUAACAAAUACAUUGAAUUCCGACCGACAGAUAUUGACAAAGAUGCGGGACAGACUACGGUACCGUUUAUUGACGACCAAAUUGUCGAACCGCGAAAGCCCACUUUGCUAUCGGGUGUGGGUUUGUACUACAAAGGUCAACCGGGAUUUGGAGGAUUUAUUGCGCCACGAGUAUUUACGUAUGAUAUGGGACCGUAUAUUCUCCCUGGGGAUGAAGAAUUGGCAUAAAGUUUAUGUGAUUUUUUUUUUUAAUGAUGAAAUAAAUGGAUGAAUCUAUGGAAUGGGCGACUUUGAUAUUGAUGUC